AUGUUCUCCCUGCAGGACGGCCGGGCUAGCUUGCGGCAGCCUUACCAACUGCUCCUACCGCCGACGUUGACGCCUCCGCCACCACAGCCUGUGCCCAGGACACCCGCGGGCAGGACCGCCUGGUCCAAGUUCAGCGCAGUCAUGACCACGUUGGCUUCGUAG